AAUUCUUUAAACCACAAGAUAUUAAACCAUCCUUAUUUAUAAGCUUAUUGUAUGCAACAAACCUAAUGAAGCACAUAGAAGAAGCUUUUUGAUGGCGGAUACCGAAAUGCAAGAGCAGGAUGUGCCUUCUGGUACUGCUACUGCUCCCGUUGAUACCAAAGGUGUUGUAGAUGAGGAGCCUUUAGAACCAGAGAAAGACCAAAACUCUAUUGAAAUACCUAAGUCCCCUGUUCUCGAGGAUAAGACUCUUACAUUGGACAGUGAUGUUCAUUUAUCUGAUGCUCCAAUUACUAAUCAAAUUGAGGCUAAUGAAGAGGUAGAUGGUCACAACAGUGUUGAUGGCAAGAAUGGUGAUGUUGAUCACUCUGAAAAGAAGGUUACUAGUGAUGGCGGUCAAGAGGAGACAACACUUGGGGAAUCAAUUCCUCUCAAUGGGGAACCGUCGAGUCCGCAUGUUCCAGAAAAAAGUGUUAAGAAGUGGAAGACAUGGUUGUUGAGUGAUUCUGAGGCCAGGGAAGUUGAUGAAGCAGGGACACCACCUGAUCAAGAGGCGUUUAUUAAAGAAGUGGAGGCCUUCCACAAGGAGAAUUUCCUUGAAUUUAAAGCCCCAAAGUUUUAUGGACAGCCUUUAAAUUGUCUCAAGCUAUGGAGAGCCGUCAUCAAGUUAGGUGGCUACGACGUGGUCACCACAUCUAAGCUAUGGCGGCAAGUUGGAGAAUCCUUCCAUCCUCCGAAAACAUGCACUACAGUCUCCUGGACAUUCCGCAUUUUCUAUGAAAAGGCACUUUUGGAGUAUGAGAAGUAUUUAAGGCAAAAUGGUGAGCUUAACCUUCCUGGUUCAGCUUCUCUUCCGUCUUCAGGCCUUGAAAAGGAGGCAACUAGCCAUCAAGCUUCAGGGUCAGGCAGAGCACGAAGAGAUGCUGCAGCUCGUGCUAUGCAAGGUUGGCAUUCUCAGCGCCUUCUUGGAUCUGGGGAGGUUACUGAGCCUAUUGUUAAGGAUAAAGGCUUGAAUUCAACCCCAAAGCAAAAGAACCUCAAAAACAUUGGUGUGCAGAAACAAAAAACAACAACCGGCAUGGACCUUGUUUUUUCACAUGAAUCAGAAAAACAGUCAACUGCCGAGGUUAUAGAUGUUGGACCCCCUGCAGACUGGGUGAAGAUAAAUGUCAGAGAAACUAAAGACUGCUUUGAGAUAUUUGCCCUAGUACCUGGACUUCUUCGCGAAGAGGUCCGCGUUCAGUCAGACCCUGCAGGGCGGCUAGUUAUAGCAGGCCAACCUGAGCAACUUGACAAUCCUUGGGGAAUCACACCCUUCAAAAAGGUUGUUAACUUUCCAGCAAGAAUCGAUCCACUUCACACGUCAGCGGUUGUGAGCCUACAUGGUCGACUGUUUGUGAGAGUCCCAUUUGAGCAGUGACCGGUCUCAUCCCAAGUGAGCUUGUUCUUUAUUUGUUUCUUUUAGGGAUUCGUUUGUAUCAGAACUAAAAACAAACAUUAGCAAAUGUGAUAGUUCUGACUGUAACUUGAGUUCUGAAUAUUAAGGUAGAGAAACGAAUAUAAAGUUAGUAGGAAGCUGCUCCUGAUACUUGCGUCAAGGAUGCAAUCAACAAUAACAGUGUCG